UAUGAGUAAUUAUACAACAAUUCGUUAAGAAUCCACUGUUUAGGAAAGAAAAUAAGUUACACUUCCUUAAACUUAAUAUGUAAAAUUGUUUGAUCAAAUCUAGACCACAACUUACUUGAAAUCAGAAAGACCAGAAGCCUAUUAAUUUUGGCACAAAAAAGGCAAAUAAAAUUCAUACCAAAGCAAAGUGUUAUCUACACAUUAUCAAAUGUAAACAUCAUUCAAUCCUGGAUAAUCAAUACAACUUGGAGGGUGUGUUUCAAAUAUAUAGUGUGGAUCCAAUGCUUAAACUUGCUGUCCACCUUAAUAAUAGGCUGUUGUAAGAUUGGGAGUAGUAUCAAGAGAAGAGAUUGAAGCACCAUGGAGAGAUGAAGUCUUAUAUUUAUAAUAAUUGAUUUCUGAAUUGGAAAAGAAAAAGACUGUUGAAGUUGUGAAAGAAAUGGAUAAUACUAGAGUAAUAAACAUCAUUACAUUGUAUAGGUUUAUGAAUUAGAAUCAGAAAAUGAAAGAUUAAGAUUAUUAAUUCAACAGACUCAAAGCGAAACAGUGACUUAAAGAAUUACUGAAGUCAAUAAUGAAGCAGAAGUAUGGAAGAGAAAGUUUUAAGAAAUUAAUCAUGAUUAUAGUGAAACUCAAGAGAAAUUAAUGAAUGCAGAAAUAGAAUUAGAAGCAUUAAAGAAACAGAAAGUAUUCCUAUUUAUUAUUAUAUAGACUGUGACAUCAUCCACUACAGUCACCAAGUCAGUUGUGAAAACUUCAGGUUCAACUGUUAGAUAGUCUGUUUCAGGUAUAAAGCCACCUGUCUGAUUAAAUAAAAACAUUAAUAAUAAUAUUAAAAAUAGAGUAUGUAAACACAAGAAACAUUAACAAACCAAUAUAGAUGCCAUAGUCGUAGUCGAAAUACUUCUAAGCUUAAGUGAUAAAAGCAAAAUAUAAAGUAGAUUGAUAGGAAAUUCAACUACAGAGAGUAGUAGUAGUAGUAGCAGUAGCUCUUCUUCUGAGAGCAACAGCGAUAAAAGCAGCAGUAGUAGUUCUGGCUGCUCAUCAGAAUGUCAUUUCAUAUAUGAAAUUGGAGAAAAACUUGACAAAUAUGUGAUUACUUAGUAUUUAAGCUCAGGGACUUUUGGAAUGGUGUUAGAAGUCAUAGAUGAAAUAGGAAUACCAUAUGCUGUUAAAGUUAUUCGAUUAAUAUUCAGAUCUUGAGCCAAACUGAUCACACAGAAGUGGAAGUUCUAAAAUAAAUCUAGCAGUUUGAUCCCUUUGGUGAGGCUGGUAUCGUUAGAUUCUAUGAUUACUUCGCUUGGUAGGACUAUCAUUGUAUCUUACUUGAAAGGGUAGCAUAUUAAAAAAUUAAAUACAGCUUGGCCUUAAUCUCCAUGAUUAUCUUAAAUCGCAUUCUCUCAAAAUAAUAGAAAUCCAAUCAAUAUUUCAAUAGAUUACUAAUUCACUCAUGUUUAUGCAUUCUCUUGGCAUUACACAUACUGAUCUAAAACCAGAAAAUAUUGUUUUUUCUCACCAACAAAAGUAUACUCAAGUAAAUGACUAAGAAAUCUUGUGAAACUAAUUGACAUGGGAGGUGCCACCUAAGCCAAUGAACAUCAUAGCACUGUCAUUAAUACUAGAUAAUAUAGAGCACCUGAAGUAAUCUUGAGAUGUGAUGCCUGGGAUACCUCAAGUGACAUUUGGAGUCUAGCAUGUCUUAUUGUUGAAUUAUAUACGGGUAUAUAGUCAAAGCAAAAAACCAUAUAGGAUCCGUAUUUAUUAAAGUAGGCAACAAUGAUUUAAUGCACUUGGCAAUUAUCCAAUCCAUUUUUGGUCCAAUUCCAAGAUGGAUGAAAGAGAGAUCCAAAAUUAAAACAAAACUGAAUUUUCUCCCAAAACCUAAGCCUUAAUUAUAAUUAAAUUAGUUAAUUAAAGAUCAAGAUCUACUUGAUUUACUCACAAAAAUGUUUUGCAUUGAUCAUAAUCAAAGAAUAGAUUGCCAUCAAAUUUUACUACAUAAUUUCUUUUAAAAGAAAUUUAUUUGAA